GAAGUGCGGCCUGUUGUUGCAGACGCAGGAAAACACGUGUAAACAGCAGUGAGCCUCAAUGGCCCAUCAGAGGGGCUACAAAUGAGCGCAGGGACGUCUCCCAGCGGGAGGUCUGCUGCACUCCUCAGCUUCCGAAUCGCCCUUUUCUCACCUAAUGAGCGCACUCCCAACUCCUCUGAUAACACUGCAGACAAAGAGCUGUUUAAUUGAGAGGGGGUGGCUUGGAAAGAGAAUACCUGCUGGUGAAGAAAGAGUCAAACAGAGCUCACCUUAGCGUGCUAAAAGUGGUCAAGAUUCGGGCUUAAACGCGGAUUUUACGCACCAGACUUUUACGCACAGCAUGAUGGGGUUGUAAAAGUUCUCCUUGUUGUGUUUUAUGGCACUGUGAUGUGGAUCAUUCAUGCCCGACACCCUGGGGAUACUCAGCCGGUGCAUGUGUGACCUGAGGCCCGGUGUUUCCCUCCUCAGAUGUUGGGUAGAAAAUGGAGUAUGUGCCUUUAAGGCGCCCGACUGCCUGUCGCUUUCUGCAGCGGAGAGACUGACGCCCUCUGGACACAGUGGACACUUGAGCGGCGGCAGAACACCAUCCUGGAGAAGUUCAAAGAGAAAACAGGCACACUCCCUCUGCUAGAGAAAACACAGGAACUAUUUUACAGACUUCUGGUGUUUCCAGUUGCCGUGCUGCAGGAUGAGGCCCGGUCAGCUGAUCCUCCCUGCCACCGCCGCUCUCCUCUUCCUCCUCUCGGGCCUGACUCUGACCUCCGGCUGCAACAAAGCCCUGUGUGCCAGCGACGUUAGCAAGUGUCUCAUCCAGGAGCUGUGUCAGUGUCGUCCAUCAGAUGGGAACUGCUCGUGCUGUAAGGAGUGCAUGCUGUGUCUGGGAAACCUUUGGGAAGAGUGCUGUGACUGUGUGGGGAUGUGUAACCCGAAGAACUACAGCGACUCUCCGGCCACGUCGAAGAGCACAGUGGAGGAGCUGCACCGUCCGAUCCCGUCGCUGUUCCGUGCCCUCACUGAAGGCGAAGCACCGAUCAACAUGAUGGUGGUCUCUUUCCCUGUCGCUGAGGAGCUCUCCCACCACGAGAACCUGGUGUCUUUCCUGGAGUCCCUUGACAGUGCACACCAGAACGUCUCCGUGCCUGGAAACAGCAUCCAUGCCAGCUAUGACAAUCAAGAUGGCAUGUGCACAGUGGUCUACUUUGAUGACUGCGUGUCUAUCCGACAGUGUAAACUGUACUGUGAGUCAAUGGGAGGUUCCAAGUACCGCUGGUUUCACAACGCCUGCUGCCAGUGCAUCGGACCUGAGUGCGUGGAUUACGGCAGCAAGGCUGUGAAGUGCAUGAACUGUCUCUUCUAAAGUGCUGGCACAUGUUGGUACCAAAUGUCUGGGUCUAACCAGAGGACUGAGGGCUGUGAGAGGAAACUAUGACUGUUAUGUGUUAGCAUUCCUCACUUACCUUGUAAAAUACUCCCUAAACUUUGACUUCUUCCCCUGCAAAUUGUUUUUAUUCUGCUGUUUGUUUCACUGUAUAUUUUUAGAUAUGUUUUCAAUAGUGUUUUUUUUACUAGAGGUGUAUAUUAAUAAUGUAUUUUUACAACUAUGGUUGGCUAAAUCCUAGUCUCAUUACCAAAUAAAGAAAAGUUUGGUGACAUGAA